CUAAUUGGAUUUUAUGAAAUGUUUCUCUUCUGUCUUUUUUAUUUGUAUUCAGUCAUAAUAUAAAGCAAGAAGGAAGAUACAACGAAUUCGUCGAAAUUAACGUUAAUCUGAAUUAAAUCGUUAAAAUAAUUAGAAUCUCGUAGCACCGGUUAAAGAUUGAAAUUUAAUUACGUUGUUUAUUGUAUCACAUAUAAUGUGUAUACAUAAACUCUGUUGAAAUCGUUAGAGAUGUUACAUUUCGCGUUUCUUACAAGUUCUCAAAAAUCACUAUCUGAAAUAUAAGUGCGAAGAACAUUGAACCAUUGUUGUUAAAUGUCAGUUCUCUGAAAAAGGAUAAUAUGUAACAAAAAUCGUCUUGACGUAUACGAAAUAUUAUUAAACAAAAGUUAUUUGAAACUUUCUUGAAAAAUCGUUUUGAAGUAGAGGAAUAUUGACUUCUUCCACUUAUCUUUGAUUAUGCGAUAAUAAUUCUUUCUUUGACAAUAAGAUGCUAAAUCAACAACAUCCUUUAUUGAGCACCAUAGACUCGUACAUAGAACCACUUUUGAAGCGUGUUUUACAAACCAAGAGACUAGGUAUUUGUCAUCUAAUAAAAUUGGAUUCAGUCUCGUCGAGUUGUGACAGAAGCAAAAAUGAUUGUUUCAAAUUAUCAAUUCCCUAUGCUGGGGAACACCUUGCAUGGAACAUACUGUUUGAUUCUCAAUUCCCAGAGAUGGGUCCAGACUUCAUAUUUAAUGAUCAAAAUUUUUUAAUGGAUCCAGACAUUGAUAUUUUAUCUACUCGAGUACCUAGUCUUGUGAAAUGGAAUCCUAAUGAUACCGAUGCAUUGCUUAAUGUGCUACAUGAAUUGUUACUGUAUUACAAGGAACAUCAGGUAGAGUUACUUGGAAAACAGGGAGAUCGAUUGCAGUUUGAAUACAGUACACUUGUUGGCGAAACGGAAAUAUGUAAAGAUGAUAUAGAAGUGAUGAUGUUACCGCUAGGAUCAAAACCUAUGGAAGCAAAAUUUUUAAUACGCAUAUGUGUGGAUUGUUCUCGAUUACCUCCGCGUAUUAAUAAAUCGCAAAAUGAAGAAGCAAUGCUCCUAGUUACAUUUUAUGGUCCAGAUUGGAAUCGUAUUUCGUCCCAACUUUACUUAACCAAGACUCUGGAGGAUGCUUUCGGUGGUUCGGAAACUUUGCAUAUUCCACCAUUACCACCCAACAAAUAUCUAAUGGAUUAUGUUCCCGAAGUGAUAAAAUUCAUAGAAGAAAAAAUAAAUAUGGUAGUUCAAUGUUUUGAAAACAGAAAGCAGUUUAUCACGGUUCUAAUUGUAUUACAGCGCGGUAGCGUACUAGAAUACGAUGCAAUAGAGUUUAAUUGGAUUACUAUUCUACUGGAAUAUCGAGAUUUUCAUUUUAUCGUACAAUUUCAUCUUCCUUCAAUAUUCCCGAAAGAGAAACCGCAAAUUACAUUGCAAUCGGUGUAUCAUAUGACGUCACAGGGUACGUUGUAUAAAGAGGUAUUGGAUGAAACACCGUACAGCCCUAGAUGGCCGAUGAAGGUGAUGAUUAACAAAUUGUUAACGUACAUAAUAGAAACUGCUGUUCAUAAGUUUCAGGCGAAUUCUAUUAAAAAUAAUCGUUUCUAAUAAUUUAUUCUGAAAAAAAAGUUAUAUUUUAUUACAGAGAAUGUAUAUUUAAUAGUUGCCAAUGAAAUAAAAACUGUUUGGUUUCACUGUAA